AUGGCGCAAGAGUCAAUGCUAUCACUGUGUCGCUUGCUUUCUUCUAUCAAACCGACAAUGCUUACUUCCUCCACCUCGAAUAUCCGCAAUAGCACAAGAUCACGUUCGAAAACUUCAUUUAUAUUUUUACUUUUUAUGCUCUUAUAUUAUCAGUAUAUUGUUGGAGUUGGUGCGAUACCACUCUUAUGGUCUCGAGGAGCUGGAAUCUCCUCGAAUAAUAACAUUAAUAAUGACAACACAACCGCAAUAGAAUUUGUGAAUGGAGCCGGUCCACUUGGUCUAACAGGUGGACACUGGUAUACUGGGAAACUUGGUAUUACCUUUUAUUUAAGAACUGAAUACCACUUAGCGAAGGAAGAUGCAAUAGUAGCUGAGCAGCAAAUUUCACCUGCAUUCACGACAACUCCUUUCUCAUCAUAUGCUCCGAAUAAUCAUAGUACAAAAACAGAACUUGUUAAACGAGGUGAUAAUUCCGCUUUACCAGAGACAUUUUUAGUUCUGGAUGGAGAGCGAACAUUAAUGACUGAGCCAUUCUCAAACUUACCAGGAUUGGGGAUGACAAGAACCGUCGCAUUAACGAGUGUAGAUUAUUGCCGUGGAUAUUAUUUCGAAUUCGAAAAAAAUGGUCACAUUGAUCGAUGGCCAGAGUAUAAUGAAUUGAUUACCUUGGAAGGUGGAAGAUGCCUACAACCAUUGAAUGUGACUCUUGCUUGGUUUGUGAGUGUCGUUGACAUAUCGAUUGCUAUUGCAUAUUAUACCAUUCCUUUACAGUUGAUGUACUUUAUGAGAAAAGCACCCCGCCUCCCAUUUCCUUCCGUUUUCGCAUUAUUCUCCGCAUUUAUAAUUCUUUGUGGAACCACUCAUGUUAUUGCUGCAUGGAUGCCAUGGCAUCAAACUUAUGUGCUUUCGGCGAUAACCAAGGUGGUUUGUGCUUUUGUGUCCUUAUUUACUGCAGCCGCUUUGACAGUCAUUAUCCCGAAAGCACUCGAACUACCAUUAUUGGCUGCUCAAUACAAAGAUGAACUCUCGGAACGUUUGAUCUCGGAAAGAUGUCUUCGUGACGAAAAUGCAUUGAUGUCGAAUUUUAGACGCGUGACUCAUGCGAUUCGUGCAACUCUCGCAAAAGAAGUCAUCUAUCAUAAUACAGCUUCUCAACUUUGCGGAAUUCUUGAUGCGGAUCGAUGUCAAAUAUUUAUGGCAAAAGCACGAGUGGAAGGUUGGCGAUGUGUAGCCGAUUAUGUUGACGAAUCACGUAAACCAUUCCAUACGGAAAUCAAUGUGCAAUUGAAUCCUGAUAGUGAACCUGUAACUUUUGCAAUGGGGAAAGGUCACGCGUUAAAAUUAGGAGUUAACGACAUGGAUCUUUAUGAUUUAUAUCUGGAUGGGAAAUAUGACGAGAUAGAUAAGAUCAUUCUAGUUCCUAUCUUAAUUUCCGAUCAUGAGUAUGGAAUAUUUGUAAUGCAGCGAUUAGAUAGACAUAAUCCAUUACGUGAAGAAUGGGGACACAACACGUUGAUGUUCUUGGAAGAUCUUGCCGAACAGAUUUCAAUUGCUCUAGCACAAGCUGAUUUGAUUGAACGGGAUAAGGUUCGCAUUCACCAAUUAGCUGAACAAAAUGAGGCAUUGAUACAGGCUAAAAAAGAAGCUUCUGCGAUCCAGGCGCAUCGUGAAUUUCUUGCAGUAAUGUCACAUGAAAUGCGUACUCCACUUUAUGCCAUAUUUGCAUUAACAUCUAUGCUACUCGAAAUGCCUGAUCUAGAAAAUCAAGAGAUGACAGAAAUACGAGAUUUGCUAGAGAUCAUCAAAAAGAGUGGAGACAUGUUAAUUGCCAUAAUAAACAACGUGCUGGAUUUCUCGAAAUACGAAGAAGAGCAUCUUCAUUUGGAGCGGGUUCCAUUCUGUGUUCAAGAGGCUGUCGAAACCUCAGUUGAUAUUGUAGCGCUUCAAGGACAGGGACGAGAUUGUACCCCAAGACCACAUAUUAGUUAUCUAAUUGAGAAUGAUGUACCGGUUAAUGUUGUUGGUGAUAUGACGCGAUUCCGACAAAUUAUUGUCAACUUGUUGUCGAACGCAUGUAAAUUUACACCUAAGGAUGGAGAUGUAAUUAUAAAAGUCGGUGCUUCCCAUGGAAUGCGAAACAAUGAACGUAAAAUUUGUGUAAAAGUUGAAGUUGCUGAUACUGGAAUUGGAAUAUCAAAAGAAGUAUUGCCUCGAUUAUUUGAAAAAUUUUCGCAGGCUGAUGCAAGCAUAACACGUCGAUAUGGUGGAACAGGUCUUGGCUUAGCAAUAGUACGUAAAUUAAUUAAACUUAUGGAUGGAGAUAUUACUGUAGAAAAUAAUACAGAUGCAGCCAGUGGAACGAAAAUGAUUUUCUAUGUACACUUGGAACCCGAUCCAAAUUGUCCCCCAAUGCCAAGAGUCUCUCCAUCACAAGCGAACAAGCAAAUAUUCAUUUUGGAAAAACACCGCACAAAUCAAGUGGGAUUUAAUCAAUUAUUACGACAAUGCGGAGUAAAGAAAUCUGCCAAAUUCUUCGGUAGUCUCAAAGAGGUGAUGGAAAGUCGCGAAAAAAAUCAGAUGGAUGCGUUGAUUAUCGAUUUGGAAUUAUUGAUGGAAAAUAACGAAGUGGAAAGUUUAAGACGAGGAAUUAUUGAACGGCGGAUAGAUGUAUCAGUUAUGGUAGCCGUAAAUCCUUCAUUACAACGAGCAGCGCGGACAUUGAAAAUUGAUGGUGGGAAUGUAAUGUGUUCUUCGUUACCCGUCAAAUUUAAGCCAAUGCUCAAAUUUUUGGAGUGGGAAUUGAAUAAUGUUGUGGAUAUGGGUACUGCUGCCACCAUUACAUCUUUAUUAGCGGAAGAUUGCCCAUCAGCUACAACAAUUACGAACGAUAUUAAUAAUAUGAUAGAAAUCAAUGGUUCUGCUAAUUCUGCAAAUGGAUAUUAUAGUCAUCGAAGUUCUAAUUCAUUUAAAGGUAAUCAUAACAACAAUGCUAACAAUAACAACAGUAAUAAUAUUAAUAUGGUAGAAUUAAGGACAAUUGAAAAUGGCAUAAUAAAUUACGAUAUUUCUGAUGACGAGGAAAUGAAUUUACUUGAUACGGAUGAAAAUGGAGGUGAAUUCUCCAAGGAUUCAUGGCCUAAACGUCAACAUAAUAGAUCUACAUCAGAUGAUGCUACUGCGGAUAAACGUUCAAGUUCUACUGGGACAUAUGUUACACGAAGAAACAAUACCACUCCCAUUCCAAAAAUGACAACUAAAAAUGGUGUUGCUACUAAUUUUGCAUCUUCUUGGAUAAUGGAAAAUGACAAAAGUGCUUUGCUAUCGAUUGCUGGCGGGUAUAAUAAUCGGCCACAACGAACCUCCUCGCCUGUCACAGUACCAAAUGAAAUUGGGUCUACUGUAAAUCAUAGAUUGAUUAAUUCUUCGCCUAUAAUGCAAAUGGAUGAUGAUAAGAAUAAUAGUAGUAAUACAAAAGCAUCAGAUAAUUUAACAGCAUCUACAAACUUAAACGGAAAGACAAGUUCAAAUGGUGAACUACCGAAAAUGGAUAUUCUCAUUGUAGAAGACAAUUCAAUAAAUCAGUUGGUCACCUCGAGAAUACUGAAAAAACUUAAUCAAUCAUGUGACAUUGCUAGUGAUGGAAAGACUGCUAUUCAGAAAUUUAAUAAUCAUAUAUUUGACAGAUGCCAAACGACAGAACUUAUUCGAAAUAUAUGUCGAGAUAUGAGACGACCUUGGAUUAUAGCACUUACAGCAAAUGCCUUAUGGCUCGACCGGUUACGUUGUAUAGAAUCAGGGAUGAAUGAUUUUGUCUCAAAACCAGCAAAAAAGGAAGAUUUGCGUGACGCGCUAUUAAGAUAUCUUAAUCAAAUGAAUAGCAUAAUAAAAACUAGCUAA